AUGCGUGCUUCUACAGUUAAAUUGGCUAAAGCUGCACAAUAUGUGCCCACGAUCAAGUUUGUCGGAGGUCGUCAUCCGGUUGUUGCGCAUUCUGCAUCCGAGGCCGGACUUCAUCCAUGCACAGUGGACUCAUUGAGGCCUGGUGCACCAGGGUGUUCUUCUGUGGACGAAGUCAUGAAGAAAUGGCUUCCUUUCAAGGUGGUGCCCUACGUGAACCCCAAGAAGAGCGCUGCUAGCUCCGGUUCUGCGUCUUCGAAGUAUAUCUUUAAGAACAGACCAUUGGAGGAAAAUGAGGUUGCUUCCAUAUCACAGCUUCCUGCUAGGUUUAAGCUGAGACCAUUGGAGGAAUCAGAAAUUGAGAUUAUCAACGGUGGUGGUGUAUGA